AUGGCAGAUGAAAAUAGUAUAGAAAAAUUGGCAUCCUUCAAUAAAAUAAAUCCUACUGGGUUUGAUGUGACAGUAAGUGCAUUACUGUUAGGUGUAGGUGGUGAAAAAUAUGUAGAUAUUUUCAAAAAAAAAAAUAUAAGUCAAUGUACAUUAACGGAAUUGACAAAUGAAGAUUUAAUUAAGUUAGGAAUUGAUGAUGCUAAUAUUAGAAAACAACUUCUUGAAGAAGUGAAAAACUUACCCUUAUAUGCAGAUACAUCAGCUGCAGUAUCUAUACUAAAUAACAAUCUGAACCCAAUAGAAAUAUUAGAAACUCUCGAAGAAAGCUCUCAACAUCUCUACAGAAUAUACUUGAGUGUUCUGGCCAACACAUUAGCAGUAAAAAAGACUAAACACAUAACUGAUUGUUUGAUUUACAAAGACAAAUAUGCAUCAGACAUAGCUAUAGCAACACUGAGUGAAAUCACAAACAUUUUAAACUCUAUGGACAUAGCUUUACAUACUCAAUUAAAGACAUUUACAAAGGAAAACAGUAGCAACAGAAGUAAGAAGAUAAUAGUUGGUACUCUUGGCAGUGCUGUGAUAGGUGUUUUGACAGUGUUUUUUGUGCGCUCAUUAAAAGACUUAAAGUAA